AUGAACCCCUGUGCGGAAAACGACGCAUGCGAUCACUUCAUGACCGACAUCCAGAACCCCCUCCUUGAGGCGGGCUUCGCUCGUCGCACAAUCAAAGAGGUGGUCCAGCGCUAUCGCCUGUUCACGAAGCGCGGCUACCCCAAACGCAGAUGGGGGAUGUGCUUUGGCUCGAUGGAAGACGCCAACGCGACAUGGGCGGAAUAUCAGGGUCUCCGGGCGGACCUGCUCGAAAGGUGCAUCAUCAUCGAGAAGUGCAACCCCAAGAAGGCUGGCCCGGCCCCGGCGCCGGUGAUCAACGUGGUUGAGCACGUGAACACGGCCACAGAAAAUACCCGAGCUAUUGCGGAGGCUGCGGCGGCAGAGUUGGCGGCGCGCGCGGAGAACGCGCCCGGUCAGAUGAACCAGAUGGACCUCAUGCAGGACAUUGCGGCGCUCGUCUACCAGCGCUUCCUGAAGAGGAAGAACCCGGAGUAG